AGAGAGAGAGAGAGAGCAAGAGGGAGAAACAAAUUUUACCCUUUAACACCCAGACCCGCCAUGUAUAUAUAAGGCAGGGCAGGGGAGAAGUUACGCCAGUCAGAGUGAGACGUAGGGUGUACAAGUUUGAGGUGACGCCAAGGACAGAUCAGGGAAAUGUGUGAUCGCUUGAUGCUGCCCACCUAAGAGAGUCAUUGUGCGUGUGUGCGUGCGCGUGUGUGUGCGUGCUUGCGUGCAGGAACCCACACCACGCCCUCCAGAACUCAGUGACUCCUCCUCCUCCUCCUCCUCCUCCUCCUCCUCCUCCUCUCCUCCUCCUCCUCCUCUUUCUUCUCAGUAUGAAGGGAAGAGGUAUCGUCGUGGUGGUGGUGGUGAUGGUGGUGGUGGAGGUAGCUACAUUCUCCACCUCCUCCACUAUCUCCUCCUCCACCUCUACUUCUUCCUCAUUUGACUUCAGUGGUUCUUCCUCUUCCUCUUCCUCUCCUUCUUCUUCCUCCUCCUCCUCUUCUUCUUCCUCCUCAUCGUCGUCUUCGUCAUCGUCUGAAUCUUCCAAUGUAGUGGCCGUGGGCGUGUGUCGGCGACUGAGGCGGCGUGAUGGGUCGUGCGGGCGUGUGGUGAGUCCCAACAUGAGUCGUGAGUCGUGCUGUUCUGACCCCUUCCGCCGCGGCUGGAGUCCCACGCCCCCCGCCGCCGCCUCCUACACUACCCACGCCACCCACGCCCGCGCCGCCGCCUUCAGGUCUCUCAACGCCACGCCUGUUGUGACUGUCGAUGUGUCGGGGAGCGCUGGAACCUGCUCGCCUUGUACUACGACAUGUGCGGGCGUGCAGUGUGGCGAGGACCGCAAGUGUGUGGUGCGGUGCGGUACUCCAAUGUGUGUGUGUUCGCCGCAGUGCCACCUCAAGCACAAGGAGUCGGUGUGUGGUUCGGACAAUCGCACCUACAAGAGCGAGUGCCAUCUACUGAAGCGAGCCUGCAGGAAGAAGAAGAGGCUGCUGGUCGCUCACUACGGUCCCUGCCAGACGUGUAUCGGCGUGCGCUGCGGUGGAUCCAAGAAAUGCGUGAUGGAUGAGCAGAUGAAUCCACGCUGUUUAAGUUGUCCAGAAUCCUGCCCUUUGUCCCAGCGCCGUCGUCAUCUGUGUGGGACUGACCAGCGAACUUACUCCUCCCCGUGCCACCUCAAACAAGCUUCCUGUCUGGCCGGCGCUGUCAUCCUGAGGGCGUACAAGGGGCCGUGUCAAGAGGACGCGACAUGCAACACAGUGCGAUGCUGGCGGGGACAAAAAUGUCUACUGCAGGAGCACACAGGGCAGCCACAGUGCACAGCCUGUGGCUCCCUUGACUCCUGCCUGCCCUCCUCCCGCCCCGUCUGCGCCUCCGACGGGAAAGUCUACCCCUCCUGGUGCGCCUUUAGACAUGAGGCGUGUCGCUCCGGCCGCGCCCUCACCCCCACCCUGCACCUCCAUUGCGCCGCCAACCACACCAAGCCGGAUGACUGCCACAAGCAACCGUUUAAGCUGAAGAAGAACAAACAGCGCAGGAAGCAGCUUGAAUUGAUGAAGCAGAACGAGAUACGCCAGCAGAUCAGACGCCAGCGAGUUCUCCAAGGCGUGGCUCAGGUCGCUGGCUCCACAAUGCACGAGUUGAGCCUUGGCGAGAGACUGAACAGCGUGGAGCGUGGCGCAGGUCGAGGCGGAGCUGUGGUAGAGAGGAUUGGCAGCCGGAAAGUGACGAGUAUUGAUGGAGAUUCAAGCAACGAUAAGAGGAAGAAGAGAAAGCGAAGGAGGAGACGACGAAAUUGCAAAAAGAACAGAAAGCGGGCGAGACAGGAGAGACUGCGAUCAAGAGAGCAGAAGGAGGGAGACUGAGUGGGAGGGAGUGAUGCGCAGAAACAGCAGCAGCAGCAACAGCAGCAACAAACAGAAUGGUGUGUGUGGUGUCGGGAUCCGAGUCUUUAUGAAUGUUCCCACCACGAGCAUUGAUAAGUCCUGGCCGCUGUUUUGACGCCGCCGCAUCGCCAUUCACCACAAGCGUUAACGUGUCUCAGUAUUUGGGUUGCGCGCCACUGCAUGUACCUCUGCGGCCCCCGACACUCCCUCUCCCUCACUCAUGUCAAAUGUCACUUGAUCUCAAAAGGAAAUCACAAGGAAGUCCUAAUGUUCACGUAUGGAGUGCUCGCCGCGUCUCGUCAGCGCCUCUCAUUUCACCACAUUGUCAGAAAGCAUUGUUCGUCAAGUACACUAUUGAUUCAUGUUCAAGUUUCAUUGUGUCAUGUUACGCUGUAGGUCUUGUAGUCUUAGCGUUGUAGUAGGUAGUCUCGUACGUAGCUCAUGCUGGUCACAAACUGAUGACCUCCAUGAUUGGAAAUGUAUGAUUGUGAUUUACUAAUGUAAGAUAUUAGUUACGUGCAUUCUCUUAACAUUAAUGUGUAUUCACCUCAACAUUUAUACAAGGAUCGAUUCUUGUGAGUCAUCUGCCUGCUCGGAGGAGCUUGUGCUGUGUUGGGAAGCCUUGUCACAGGACUGCUUGGGUCCGGGAGGCACGGGGCAGGGGUGGGAUAAGGGGAGAGGGGGGGCCCAAGACUGUAGUACAGUGAUGGUGAAGGUAGCAGUACAAUUGAGUACUGGUGUGUGUUGGUUUGUGUGUGGAAAGGUGGAGACCUGUAUUGAACUUGAUGAUGUAGACCUGUCCUGUAGAGUUAUGAUGUUUGAAGUAAUAGUACUGCUGGAGGGAGGGAGGAGGUAGUAAUGGUGUGUACUACUUACUGUGGUAGACAAAACUUUAAAACUUUUGAAUAAUGUAUCAAUUCGUCAAGUGUGUGUAUGAUACUAAUAUAGACUUGUCCUCAAGCAAGUUUUCAGUGAAUUAACUGAAAUGCAUAUUUAAGAUCAGACUGUGUAAUUUGUGUGUAGUGAAUAGUGAGCCUCUGUGUUACAGAAUAUAUAAAUAUAUAUAUAUAUAUAUAUACUAUAUAUAUUACUAAUGUUAAGGACUUGACUGUUUAUAUAAUGGAAAAGUGGGUAGAAUUCAGCAGGAAGCUCAGUGUUUUCACGCUUUUCUAUUUUUCUAAGCCUGCUUGUUCAGGCACAGACUUGAGAAUCCUUCAUGGUUCCUUGAAUCAGUUCCUUUCAUCACCAAGCACACAUGCUGGUGAUCCUUCCAGCCCUGUGUCCCUCGCCACACAGGACCACCUUUUCCUAGUGCUACGAGUCGUGUUCCCAGGCUGCCGCCGCAGUAGCAGCUGGCGUCGUGGCACAUGGUGCACUCGGUCACUGAUGGCCACCUCCUCUGGUGUAACAAUGCACUCACCUCUGUAAGGGCACCAGGUGUUCCGUGCAGCAGCGUGUGGUAUGUGGCCAGGAGUGUCUCCGGAGGGUCCUUGUGGUGACGUGGUGUCGGGGUUUUGCUGUGAGGUGGUGCGAUGGUUAGUGUAGACUUUUUUUCAAUAAAGAGCAUCAUAAUGAGGUUUUGGUGUUGUAGCAUUAUGUAUAAUUUUACACUCACAUGCAUUUCCUGCAAGCAGUGAUAAUUUAAAGUACUGUAAUUAUAUGAAGCAUGUGGUCAGUGUUUUGUGAUGUGCCAAAUCUGUAUAAUGCUGGCAGGACCUGAGGUGAUGGCAUGUGGCAUCACCACAGACUCACACUGCACUUUGCUGUGGGUCAGCAUAAAAAGCACAAAACUUUGUCUUAGAAGUGUGUAGGUGAUGUGUCUGUCCCACAAUGGCCAGAUGCCUGUGAGAGGAGGUAAUGAAACAAGAAUCUUUGAUCAUUUGUGAUAUCACAGGUGGCAAGCACAUCAUGGGGCGGACAUAGCUGUGUACUGACGUCCACCAGGCCUGCACUCCUGUACUCCUGCACUGCUGCAGGCAUCCCUUCCCUCCACCAAAGAUGAAUGAGGUGUUGAGCUGCACCAGGAUGUAAAUCACAAAAAUAAAGACAUAAACUUGAGUCAUUAAUGUUGCAAAUUAUAGUCAGUAACAUAACACAGGUUGGGCCUGAGGCAGCUCCAAGGCAGUGCUGACUGCUGAGCAGCCCUGCCAUCAGGAAGGGAACUGUGCUGCAGUGGAGGAGGCAAGGCCUCCCUGGGCCUGCUGAGUUAUAAGAAUUUUAUAGAUUGUGUGUAGGAAGCCACGUGCUGCCAAAUAUCUUAGCUAUACAGACCGUGUGUCAGGUGUCACCUUGAGGGAGCAGUGCGCUGCCCCACUCCUCAGCUGACAGACAGAUACAGUUGUGCUCCAGGACUGUGCUUGGCAGAGGCAGUCCAGGCUGACGUUUUGAGAGGUUCAUGUUGUAGGAAGUGCAUCAUGUGGUCACUUCAUCCACUGGAGUAGAAUCAAGAUGAACUUUUAUGUCGUUCUUAAAGACCUGGGACAGUUGUUCAGUUGGGUGGUUUUGUUAAUUAGCUUUGUAGGAUUGGUGGUGAUGCCAGCCAUAAGUUUGCCAGCAGUGUUCACAUAAGUGUUCAGUGUGCACUUGCUGGUAGGACUGGCUAACUCACGGAGAAAAGCAAUAAGCAGGUUAUUGGUGCAAACUGUCUUGGUUGACUUUCCUGUGUGACUAGAAUUGUAAUGAAACUUGAGUCUCUUUGAUCACUAAGGAUGUGAUGAGUGCUUGUGUCUGUUGGCUUUGUACUCAAGGUGGCAGUGAUGUCACCAGUGGUGCCAGUGAUCCUGGAAGCAAGGCAUCCCUAGAGACAGUGGUGGUCACUGCCUCAGUGUGGUGCUGGGCCACUGGGCCGCUGCUCAGUGUGGCAGCAAGACACUGUUGUACUGAGAGAUCAAUUGUCCAAGGUCUGUAAGGAAACAGUAUGUCCCAUGAAAGGCAGGCAUCUUUCAUGUCUCAUUAGUCAGAGGUCACUCACUGUGCAGACACAGCACACAACCAGAGUUUGCUUCGCUAGACAUCUCAUUCUUGCAUUCAAACACCACAAAUUUAAGGCUGCCAGAAUCUUUAAUUUCUUUAUACAUUAGACAAGAUUAGUCUUGCAGACAAAAACCAGCAACAUUUGUAUUUCUACCCACUAAUCCUUUCUCAGGGAUUUCCGAAGUAAGAACCGUCAAUGAUAAUUACUCUAUGUUAACAUUUAAGGAAUAAUUCCAAGUAGUUAUUAUUAUAUUUCAUUAAAUAGUAUAUUUUUUAAGUAUUUAGUAGAGAAUAUCUUUUACUUUACUUUGUCAUGCACAUUCUUCACUUUGGAUUACUUUCAUUUACGACGUGUGUACAUAUUUUAUUUCCUCACUCCUCCAAAGUGAGGCGUGAAGUUUGUACUCUGGUGGCCGUGGCUCUGAUCCUGAUCCUGAUCCUGAUCAUGUACAGUUGUAGUGUUGUGGGGCGUGUCACCAAGUCACCAAGGAGUGGCACAUUGACAUGGACAGCACACUGUAACACAAAACUCAUGUGAAGUAGUUUAGAAGAGUUACUUACUAUAACAUAUAGUACACACUUAGUCUUGCCUGUGUAUUCUAAUGUACACUCAGUGUGGCUUUGAAAUAUUUGCGCAACCAGUGCAGGGAACUAAGUUCUGUAAUCCUAGUUCUGCUAGUCUUCCAAAGGCGCUGCUUUGCAGUGCUCCUGUAUUAAAAAGUACCUACCAGA